AUGUCCGAUCAAGACAUUCACCCAAACAAAUAUAGUGAAUUGCGAAGUAUAUAUAAAUACAAUAUCGAUUCAUAUAAUGCAUUGUAUCAGCUGAAAACUGAAAACGAAGAAGAAAUAAACAAGAUUUACAAAAUGCUCAAAACAGAAUUGAUUGAUUCAAAGAAAUGUCUUCCUGAUACUAUUAUACGUGACAUUUUAUGUAUCAUUCCGUUUAAUAAUCGCAAUACAAAGGCUUAUUUUUCUCUUGCCAAACUCAUAUAUGAUAAUUAUCAAAUAAACGAAGAAAUCAAAGUUCCAUUAACUGUUGGAUACCUGUUUUAUAAAGAAUAUGGAAUUAAAUUAAACAAAUCAGACAAUUUCGAAACAAUUAAAUUAGAGAAUCUCGAUAUUCAUACAGAAAAUACAAUUUACAGAGCAAUUAUGAAUAAUGACAAAGAAAAAUUCAUCUUCUUCACUGAAAGCGAAGGAUUUGAUAAAGAUCAAAAACUCAAAAGCGAUUUAUAUCCAAUUUAUUAUAAAGAUUAUACAUUACUUGAAUUAUGUUGUUACCACGGAGCAGUUGACUGUUUUAAGUUCUUCAGAACGAAAUUUGACUCCAAAAUAACAGAAGAAUGUCUAGAAUUUUUAUUUUUAGGCGGAAAUCCCGAGAUCAUGAGUGAAUGUUUGAAACAUAAGAAUCCAAAUAAAAAAUGCAUGGAAUAUGCAAUUAUUUCUCACAACAUUGAUUUUGUUACAUUCUUGGUGAAUGAAUACAAUAUUAUGAUCGAUUUAGAAUAUUGUGAAUUGUUUAAUAAUCUUGAUGCAUUUUUAGUUUAUUACGAUCAAACUAAUGAUAUUCAAGAUUGUUUUGUUUAUUCAAUAAAAUUCGGAAUCCCAUCCCUUUGUGAAUACUUCCUUUUGCAUGGUGCAAAUAUCAAUGAUAAAUGUAAAUUUUGGAAAUUUCCUCUUCAUUAUGCAGCAUAUAAAAAUAAUAAAGAAAUUGCCGAACUUCUUAUUUCACAUGGUGCAAAAAUCAAUGAAAAAGAUAAAAACGGAAAUACCGCUCUUCAUCAUGCAGCAUUAAUUGAUAGUGAAGAAACGGCCGAACUUCUUAUUUCACAUGGAGCAAUUAUCAAUGAAAAAGAUAAAAAUGGAGAAACUCCUCUUCAUUUUGCAGCAAAAUGUAAUAAGGGAAAAGAAACAGCCGAACUUCUUAUUUCACAUGGAGCAAUUAUCAAUGAAAAAGAUAAAAAAGGAGAAACAGCUCUUCAUAUUGCAGCUCUGAAUAAUAGUAUAAAAACAGCUGAAGUUCUUAUUUCACAUGGUGCGAACAUCCAUGAAAAAGAUAAAUAUGGAAAAACCGCUCUUCAUCAUGCAGCAUAUAAAAAUAAUAAAGAAAUCACCGAACUUCUUAUUUCACAUGGUUCAAAUAUCAAUGAAAAAGAUAAUGAUGGAAAAACCAUUCUUCAUUGUGCAGCAAUGAAUAAUAAUAAAGAAAUCGCCGAACUUCUUAUUUCACAUGGAGCAAUUAUCAAUGAAAAAGAUAAAAAUGGAGAAACUCCUCUUCAUUUUGCAGCAAAAUAUAAUUGCAAAGAUACAUAUGAACUUCUUACAUCUGAGAAAAGCUCCUCUUCAUAUUGCAGCAUGUUAUAA